AUGGAAAUCUCCUUCCACGUUGGUUUAUUACCAAAUGACAACGUUGUCGAAGUUGACCAUCCUCGUAUGGAAAAAUCCCAAUCACAAGAAAAUGUUGGUUCUUCCAUACAGCAGAACGAACUAGUAACAGAAAAGUCAGUUACUUCAUCGUUCGAGGACGGUGCUGUGGUGCAAACCCAGGCUAUAAAUAAGGUAGCUCUUUUUGUAGAAAAAUGCGUGGAAUUUAUAGAAACGAAUGGACUUGACUUUGAGGGUCUUUACCGGGUGCCGGGCCGACAAGCCGCUGCAGAUCGGAUUUACCAAAAACACAAAGAGGCUACGAAAGAUUUCAAUCUAGAUGAAAUGAAUGUCUCGGUCAAUACUGUGGCCACAGCACUGAAAAUUUUCUUUCAAAGAAAGAUGUCAUUUUUCACACAAGAACAAAUGAGUGAAAUCAACGACAUCUUCCUUAUACCUGAUAGAAAUAAAAAAUUACUUGCUUUGAGAGAUGUUUUAACGCGGCUGACAUCAGCCAAUUAUAAUGCGCUGAUGUUUCUUAUCCAGCAUUUGGUUAAAGUGACUGAAAAGGCAAAAGUCAACCGGAUGACUGCCAAGAACUUGGCCAUCUGCUGGUGUCCGACCAUAUUGCCCAUGAAUUUUACUGAUUCGGCUCGUUACCAGAUGGUAAGACCUCAACUAGAAGGCGCAGUUGAGGCUAUGAUUGAAAAUUUUGCAUUUGUCUUCUCGAGGGAAAAUGAAAGUUCUCCGGAAAGCGACGGAAUUAAAAGAGGACGAAAACCUGAACUGAAGAAGAACUUGGGUUUCUUUCAGCAUGUUAAAUCAACAUUUAAAAAUUCUGCCCAAAAGAAUUUAAUGAAAAAUAGUAAAACUGUCGAAGCAGAAAUCAACAGCCAUACAACUUCGAUGGUCAUCGACAAGAAAAAUUACGACUCGUUUAUUCCAACUGAAUUGUGGGGAGAACUUGGAAAACCGGAACUACAGGAACUGGACGAGGCCUAUUUCAAGCUAAGGAAAAGAACCGGAAAGUACAAAUCGUUGUUAAAACAAAACGAUAUCAAAGGAUAUUUUAUGGGCGUGAUCAAAAUUGGAGAAAAUGAGCAUUUGUUCCCUAUUUUAGUGUUUGAUAAACCGGAAAUGCCCAACUUUCUUGGGAAACGAGUCUUUUUGGUUCUUCAACUGGACCAAAAGAAGAAUGCUGAUUUUAUGCAAAAGUCUAAAAAGAAAGAAGAGGAAACAAAAGUGACCGAAGAUGAGAUAGGACCUGAUGGUGACCAGAGAAAGGAUUUUAUGUUGUAUUGCUAA